ACAGCAUUGAAACAUUUCCUUAUUCAAAUACUUAAAAACAAAAAACACACACUCAUCUAUGUCUUUUGACCAUUCAUUUUGACCUUUGCAAAUAUAAUUCAUAAAUAUAGAAAAUUCUUCCUGCCCUUUCUCUCUUUCUUCACUACAAUUCCCCACAACCUUAGAUUUUCUUCUCAAACUCACAAAACACACACACACUGUGUUAAAUUAAUUUGCAUGUUGUAAAAAUCCAUUUUUCAGUGAUGCCAAAGUGUUUUAGCUUUACCGCAACAAAGAACAGUUGCCUCAAAUCAAGUUUCACCAGUCGAGGUCUCCGAUCUACUUUCACUGACCUUAAAGAUGGAACCAUAAUGCAUUGUUGGGUACCCAAAUCAAGAAAACCGACCCGACCCGACGUGGUGUUGAUCCACGGGUUCGGAGCUAAUUCCAUGUGGCAAUGGAGCGAAACUGUCCGAAUCCUCUCGAAGCACUUCAACGUGUACGUCCCGGACUUAGUAUUCUUUGGUGACUCGUACACGACUCGGUCUGAACGGACCGAGUCAUUUCAGGCUCAGUGUGUGAAGCGAGUUAUGGAGGCCAACUCGGUGACCAAGAUGAGCGUUGUUGGGUUGAGCUAUGGUGGGUUCGUGGCGUAUCAUAUGGCGGCGCAGUUUAGGGAUUGUGUGGAGAAAGUGGUGAUAUGCUGCGCGGGAGUUUGUUUGGAGGAGAAGGAUUUGAAAGAAGGAUUGUUUGCGGUGAGCAGCGUGGAGGAUGCGGCCAAUAUUCUGCUGCCGCAGACGGCGGACCAAAUGAGAGAGCUGAUGGGUUACACUUUUGUUAAAGCUCCGGCCAAAGUUUUGCCCUCUUGCUUGCUUACUGACUUCAUUGAUGAAAUGUUCACACAAUAUGUAGAGGAGAAGAAAGAAUUGCUUCUUGCAAUUGCCAAAAACAGGAAGCUAUCUGAUCUACCUAAGAUCACUCAGCCAACGUUAAUAGUGUGGGGAGAUCAAGACAAGAUAUUUCCUUUAGAAUUAGGUCACAGAUUGAAAAGGUUCAUUACCCCAACUGGGCAUUUAGGGGAGAAUGCUGAGAUGGUAGUAAUCAAGAAUGCAGGCCAUGCUUUUCUUUAUGAGAAACCCAGAGACUUCCAUAAGCCUUUGAAAUCCUUUCUCUUGGGUUCCACAAAAUCUCCUCCUCCUAAGAAUGCUCAGAACCAAACAUGAUUAACUAGCCAUCUUAAUUAUGUAACUUGGGAAAAUUAUCUAUUAGUGGUGAAAACCAUAAUGUAUGAUCUCAAAUUUUGCAAUUCUUGUAGCUUUCAUUGAGACACCACCCUAUGAAGAUUUUAACUUCUAUA